AUGAACCCUGCAGAAGCGGCCGAGGAGGCGCCCAGCGACCCCGACACUGAUGCCUUCUACAAAACAGGGUCAUUCAGGACUGAAGGCAUCAAGGCGUCUGAUGUUCUUCCUGUGCUGAAGGAGAAAGUUGCCUUCGUGUCAGGUGGGCGAGACAAAAGAGGAGGACCAAUCCUGACGUUUCCUGCCAGGAGUAACCACGACCGAAUAAAACAGGAAGACCUGAGGAGGCUGGUAACCUACCUGUCUACUGUUCCCAGUGAGGAUGUAUGUAAACGUGGUUUCACUGUUAUCAUCGACAUGCGUGGGUCUAAGUGGGAACUGAUCAAGCCUCUGCUGAAGACACUGCAGGAGUUUUUCCCAGCUGAGAUCUGUGUGGCGCUCAUCAUCAAACCGGACAACUUCUGGCAGAAACAGAAAACUAACUUUGGCAGCGCAAAGUUCUCCUUUGAGACCAGCAUGGUGUCAGUUGAAGGUCUGGCCAAACUGGUGGAUCCCUCCCAGCUGACAGACGACUUUGAGGGCUCUUUGGACUACAACCAUGAGGAGUGGAUGGAGCUGAGAGUCUCUUUGGAAGAGUUCAUGGCCAAUGCUGUUCACCUUCUGUCCAGACUGGAGGACCUGCAGGAACUUCUUUCAAAGAAGGAGUUUCCUGCAGAUGUGGAGGGAUCUCGUCGGUUGAUAGAGGAGCACACACAGCUUAAGAAAAAGGUGCUGAAGGCUCCAGUGGAGGAGUUGGACCGCGAAGGCCAGAGGUUGCUGCAGUGUAUCCGAUCUAGUGAUGGUUUUUCAGGGAGGAACUGCAUCUCUGGCUCUGCAGACUUUCAGAGCCUGGUUCCCAAGGUGGCCAGUCUGCUGGAUAAGCUCCACUCCACGAGGCAGCAUCUCCAUCAAAUGUGGCACGUCAGGAAGCUGAAGCUGGACCAGUGCUUUCAGCUCCGCCUCUUCGAACAGGACGCUGAGAAGAUGUUUGACUGGAUCAGCCACAACAAGGAAGUGUUCCUGCAGAGCCACACAGAGAUUGGCCGAGGUUACCAACAUGCUGUGGAGCUGCAGACUCAACACAACCACUUUGCCAUGAACUCCAUGAAUGCCUAUGUAAACAUCAACAGAAUCAUGUCAGUGGCGAGCCGACUGGCUGAGGCCGGUCACUACGCCUCCACACAGAUAAAACAGAUCUCAGGUCAGCUGGAUCAGGACUGGAAAAGUUUUGCUGCUGCACUCGAUGAGCGCUCCACCAUCCUGGCUAUGUCAUCUGUCUUUCACCAGAAGGCUGAACAGUUCCUGUCGGAGGUGGAGGCCUGGUGUAAAGUCUGCAGUGAGGGAGGGUUACCGUCUGAGAUGCAGGAGCUGGAGCUCGCCAUCCACCGCCACCAGAGCCUUUAUGAGCAGGUCACCCAGGCUUACACCGAGGUAAGUCAGGACGGUAAAGCCCUAUUGGAUGUCCUCCAGAGGCCUCUGAGCCCCGGCAACUCUGAUUCGCUGACAGCCACCGCCAAUUACUCCAAAGCGGUUCACUGCAUCCUUGAUGUGGUUCACGAGGUUCUGCACCAUCAGCGGCGUCUGGAGAAUAUUUGGCAGCAUCGAAAGGUCCGACUGCACCAAAGGCUGCAGCUGUGUGUGUUCCAGCAAGACGUCCAGCAGGUGAUGGACUGGAUAGAAAACCAUGGCGAGGCUUUCCUCAGCAAACACACUGGUGUUGGGAAAUCCCUUCACAGAGCCCGAGCCCUGCAGAAGAGACACGACGACUUUGAAGACGUAGCUCAGAACACAUACACUAAUGCUGACAAACUGCUGGAGGCGGCUGAGCAGCUGGCUCAGACUGGAGAGUGCGACCCAGAGGAAAUCUACAAGGCAGCCAGACAUCUGGAGGUCCGAAUCCAGGACUUUGUCCGGCGGGUCGAACACAGGAAGCUGCUGCUCGACAUGUCUGUCUCCUUCCACACGCACACCAAGGAGCUGUGGUCGUGGAUGGAGGAGCUGCAGAAGCAGCUCUUGGACGAUGUGUGCUGCGACUCAGUAGACUCAGUUCAGACUCUGAUCCAGCAGUUUCAGCAGCAGCAGACGGCCACGCUGGAGGCAACGCUCAAUGUUAUUAAAGAAGGAGAGGAAUUAAUACAGCAGCUCAGAGAUGCAGCCAUGUCAACCAAUAAGACGCCACACUGCAGUUCCAUUGCACAUAUCCAGGGGGUGCUGCAGCAGCUGGACGAGGCCCAAGGACAGAUGGAGGAACUGUUCCACGAACGCAAAAUCAAGCUCGAUAUCUUUCUCCAGUUGCGCAUCUUUGAGCAGUACACUAUAGAGGUGACAGCAGAGUUGGACGCUUGGAACGAGGAUCUGUCUCGUCAGUUGAACGACGCCAGCCGCUCGGGCGGGAGCAGCAGUGGCAGCAGCGGCACUUCCUCUGGCAGCGCAGAGGACAUCGGCCUGGCUGAGCAGCGGCUGAAACGACACGCAGAGAGGAAGGCAGCCAUGAAUAACAUGACCUAUGAAGUGAUGCAGCAGGGUCAAGACCUGCACCAGUACAUUAUGGAGGUUCAGGCUUCAGGGAUCGAACUGACAGGGGAGAAGGACAUGGACUUGGCCUCUCAGGUUCAGGAGCUGCUGGAGUUCCUCCAUGAGAAGCAGCAGGAGGUGGAGCUCAACGCACAGCACACGCACACACGGCUGGAGCAGAUCCUGCAGCUACGCCAUCUACAGGCCGAGGUUAAACAGGUGUUGGGCUGGAUUCGUAACGGUGAGUCCAUGUUGAAUGCCAGCAUGGUGAAUGCCAGCUCCCUGUCUGAGGCCGAGCAGCUGCAGAGGGAACAUGAACAGUUCCAGAUGGCUAUAGAGAAGACUCAUCAGAGCGCUCUGCAGGUCCAGCAGAAAGCUGAGAUGAUGCUACAGGCAGGUCACUAUGAUCCAGAGGCAAUUCGAAGUUGUGCUGAGAAAGUGGCCGUUCAUUGGCAGCAGUUGAUGUUGAAGAUGGAGGAUCGCCUGAAGCUUGUAAACGCCUCUGUGGCCUUUUACAAGACGUCUGAACAGGUGUGCAGUGUGUUAGAGAGCCUGGAGCAGGAGUAUCGUCGGGAUGAAGACUGGUGUGGCAGUCACGAUAAACUUGGAACUUCUGCCGACAGUGACCACCUUCUACCUCUGAUCAGUAAACACCUGGAGCAGAAGGAAGCCUUCCUUAAGGCGUGCACGUUGGCUCGGAGGAAUGCUGAGGUGUUUCUGAAGUACAUUCACAGGAACAACGUGAGCAUCCCCGGAGCAGCCAGUCACGCCAGAGGGCCUGAACAACAAGUUAAAGCCAUUCUGAAUGAGCUCCUGCAGAGAGAGAACAGAGUCCUUCACUUCUGGACCUUAAAAAAGCGAAGGCUGGACCAAUGUCAGCAGUACCUGGUGUUUGAACGCAGUGCCAAACAGGCACUUGAUUGGAUCCAGGAGACAGGUGAGGUGUACCUGGCAACCCACACAUCACCUGGCGACAGCAGUGAGGAAACACAAGAGCUCCUCAGCAACUACCAUCAUUUCAGACUCACUGCCAAGCAAACCAAGGAGAAGGUGAAGCUGCUGAUCCAGUUAGCGGACAACCUGGUGGAGAAAGGCCACGCCCACGUGUCGGAGCUGAAGCGAUGGGUGAGCACGGUGGACCGCAGGUACCGUGACUUCUCCCUACGCAUGGCCAAAUACCAGGAGAGCCUAGAAAGGAGCCUGGGGGUCAGCUCUGAGGACAACAAAGAUCUGGAGCUGGACAUUAUCCCCGCCAGCCUGACGGACGACCCCGAGGUAAAACUUCGUGACCCAAACCACGAGGUCAACGAGGAGAAGAGGAAGUCUGCAAGGAAGAAAGAGUUCAUCAUGGCGGAGCUACUGCAGACUGAGAAGACCUAUGUCAGGGAUCUCCAUGAGUGUCUAGAGACCUACCUGUGGGAGAUGACCAGCGGCGUGGAGGAGAUUCCUCCAGGCAUCGCAAACAAAGAGCACAUUAUCUUCGGCAACAUGCAGGAGAUCUACGACUUCCACAACAAUAUUUUCCUGAAGGAGCUGGUGAACUAUGAACAGCUUCCAGAAGAUGUUGGUCACUGCUUUGUCACCUGGGCUGAUAAGUUCCACAUUUAUGUGGAUUACUGUAAGAACAAACCAGACUCGAGUCAGCUCAUACUGGAGCAUGCUGGCACCUUCUUUGAUGACAUUCAGCAGAGACGUGGACUGGCUAACUCCAUCUCCUCCUACCUCAUCAAACCUGUCCAGAGGAUCACCAAGUACCAACUACUGCUUAAGGAGUUACUAUCUUGCUGUGAGGAGGGUAAAGGGGAGAUUAAAGAUGGUUUGGAGGUGAUGCUCGGUGUUCCUAAGAGAGCUAAUGAUGCCAUGCAUCUUGCCAUGUUGGAGGGCUUUGAGGAGAACCUGGAGGUGCAAGGUGAGCUGAUCCUGCAGGACAGUUUCCAGGUUUGGGAUCCACGCUCGCUGAUCAGGAAGGGGAGGGACCGACACCUCUUCCUGUUUGAGUUCUCCCUGGUCUUCAGCAAGGAGAUCAAAGACUCAGCUGGCAGAACUAAGUACCAGUACAAGAACAGACUACUGACAUCAGAGUUGGGGGUGACUGAGCACAUUGAGGGUGACCCGUGUAAAUUUGCUCUGUGGGCAGGAAGGACUCCUUCCUCUGAUAAUAAAACUGUGCUAAAAGCGUCCAGUAUGGAAGCUAAACAGGAGUGGAUUAAAAACAUCAGGGAGGUGAUCCAAGAGAGGAUGACUCACCUGAAGGGGGCUCUCAAGGAGCCUCUUCAUCUGCCUAAAACACCAGCACUGACCAAACCCAGGAAUAACACUAAGAGGGAGGGGGGUGAAGACGGAGACAGUCAGGGAGAUGGCAGCAGCCAACCAGACACCAUCUCCAUCGCUUCCAGGACGUCCCAGAACACUGUAGACAGCGACAAGCUCUCUGGUGGUUGUGAGUUGACAGUCGUCCUUCAGGACUUCACAGCAGGAUGCAGCACGGAGAUGUCUGUCAGCACAGGUCAGACAGUUGAGCUGUUGGAGCGACCGAGCGAGCGGCCCGGCUGGUGCCUGGUCCGGACCACUGACCGCAGCCCACCACAGGAGGGACUGGUACCCAGCUCUGCGCUCUGCGUGUCCCACUCGCGCUCCAGCGUGGAGAUGGACUGUUUCUUCGGCUCGGGAAAAGGCUGA